CCUCCAAAACAGUCGCUGUGCACUCCUCAAGAACGAGAUCACAAGAUGUCAGGUUGGCCCAUACUAAUUCUGCUAGCGUUGGCAUCCCUGACGUUCAGCGCGAAUGCCCAGGAGUCGUGCCUGAGGUGCGGCUUCCCUACUGGGAACAAGCUCCACGCUCACGCGCAUUGUGCGCAGACUGGGCCGCGCAAGUACUUCCGCGAUCAGCACGACUGUGCGAAGUUCUACCAGUGUAACCGGGGCACUGCGUACGAGUUCCUGUGCGCUGAAGGAUAUGCGUUCAACGAGGAACAGAACGCUUGUGAGCAUAUUGCGAAGGUACGGUGCCCCACGGUCAGUGCUGAUCCGAGCAAUACGCAUCAGUUGGAGUACGAUUUUGUGCGUGCGAGUGGUGCUGGACAGCGGAACAGGACGUCAGGACAUGAAGAAAGCUCCCAUCACAGCAGUUCGCACCAGUUGGAGUACGAUUUUGUGCGUGCAAGUGGUGCUGGACAACGGAAUAGGACCUCAGGUCAUGAAGGAAGCUCCCAUCACAGCAGUUCGCACCAGCUGGAGCACGAUUUUGUGCGUGCGAGUGGUGCUGGACAACGCAACAGAACGUCAGUUCAUCAAGAAAGCUCCCAUCACAGCAGUUCGCACCAGCUAGAGCACGAUUUCGCGCGUGCAAGCGGUGCUGGACAACGCAACAGAACUUCAAGUCAUGUAGGAAGCACUUCACACCACCUAGAGUACGAUUUUGUGCGUGCGAGCGGUGCCGGACAACGCAACCAUACCACGUGCAACAUUUGCCAGCAGGCGAAGCAAGUCAUCCAACGGCAUGGCAACUGUCCCCGCACAAACGGGUACUAUCCGGUGAUGUUUCGCAACGAGAAGGACUGUUCCCAGUUUUACCAGUGCGAUCAUGGCACGGCCUAUCUUAUCCAGUGCCCGGCCGGAUUGCACUUCAAUACGCGGCUCAGCGUGUGCGACUACCCGGACAAGGUGGACUGCAAUGGACCGGUACUGAACGAACACGUGACAGGUGGUGCUCACGGUGGUCAUGGCGGUUCGCCGUCCUGUGCCGUCUGCCAGAGUGCAACCAGUGUUGUGCACCGUCAUCCCCAAUGUCCCACCCGAAAUGGGCCCCACCCGAUCAUGUUCCGCCAUCGAACGGACUGUACGAAGUACUAUCAGUGUGAUCACGGCACUGCCUUUGAGAUCACAUGUCCCGCUGGAUUGCAUUUCAACACGGCGCUCAACGUGUGUGAUUAUCCGGAACGGGUGGGCUGUUCCGAAGGUGCGGUAGGAUCGGGAGGCGCUAGUGAAGCGCCGGCUGUGGACCGCCCAGUGGUGGCGAAGAUUCAUCCCAACUGUCCGGCUGUUACCGGUCGGCAGGAGCCUGCCUAUUGGGCCCAUCCGCACGAGUGCGGCAAGUACUUCGGUUGCCAGUGGGGAUGCGUGGAGCUGCUGAGCUGCCCGGCCGGCCAUCGGUGGGACGAUGGGAAGAAGGCUUGCUCGCCGGACGAGUCGCUCGAGUGUGCGAAUGCGGAAUGGUAAUGGAGGGGAAUAUUUAUGAACACAUGCUGGAAGCCCAAUAGCAAUAAAGAAUAAUACAAGCAAUUAGCCGGGAUUUCAUUCAGCUCUGUAAGAAUGAGAUAUCUCAGUAUCUUAUAGUAUAGUUAUUCAAGAACAGUAGAAACUGGAUAAGAUUUUAUACAGCAAAUCU